AUGUUAAAAAUUUUUUUUUUUUUUUUUUAUAUGUUCCUAAUUAUUGAUGGCAUUGAUACCUUAAAUAUCAAAAAUGAAAAUAAUGAUCAUAUGCCAAAUUUUUUUGAUAAAAAAUAUUAUGUAAAAAAUGAAAGGGGAAAAGUAUUAUCCUCCUCAAAUACAAACCAUACAUAUAAUAAUAAUAAUAAUAAUAGUAAUAGUAUUAAAUAUAAUAAAGCAUUUUUGAAACGAUUAGACAAAUCAUCCAUUGUAAAAGAAUUAUAUAGGAACAAAAAUAGAGUUCUAAAGAAAGUGAAAUAUAAAAAUAUUAGAAAAAGAAGAAAAAAAGCGAAUAAUGACAAUGUAAAUUUAUCUAGAAACUUUUUAUAUUCUUAUAUAGAGAAAACUUUAUAUAGUCCUAAGUCUUAUUUUAAUAUAUCACAAUUAUUUAGUACAUUACAAAAUUAUAUAGACCGUUUUUGUUAUCCUGGUUUAGGUAGAUGUAUUCCAUAUAUGAAUAAAUGUAUAUGUUAUGAUAAAUCAAAAUUGAAACCUAAUAAAGGAAAAUCAUGCUUAAAUAAUUGUGGUGUUAUAUCCUUAUGUUCUGGAUAUCCUUAUGGUACAGGAUUUAAAAUAAUCCCUGAUGAAUUUAUUAAUAACAGAAAAGUAAUAAGUUGUGUAGUUUCUAGUCUUCAAAAUAAGCUAGAUACAAGAUGUGGCUAUAAUAAAAAAUUUCGUUAUAAUGAAAAAAAAUUUUAUUGUAUACCUUAUGAUUUAUUAGAUAUGAACAUAUCAGGAAUUUAUUGUGUAAAUAAUAAUAAGGAAUUCAUAUUUUGUAAAGGAUUCCUUAGAGGGAAUUAUACAAAUUUAAAGGAAUAUGAAAUACUUGAUAGAGCAUAUCAUACUUUUAUACUUAAAAAUCCUUGUGAUGAAUAUAUAUAUGGUGAUGGCAACAAUUACCAAGGUUGUCAAGAUACAUCCAUUUCUGGUAGAAAAUGUUUAUAUUGGAAUUCUUUAAAUAUAGCAGAAUUAUCACCGUCUUUAGAUUUACAUAAUUAUUGUAGAAAUCCUGAAGGAUUAUCAUAUAUUUAUUGUUAUGUUGAUAAUAAUGGCAUAAUUACAAGAGAAUAUUGUGAAAUUAAAAGUAAUAUAAUACUUAAUAAUAUAGUAUAUUCAAGAGAGAAAUAUUUUGAUUUUGAUAUAACUAUGAAAAAUGUAUCCGAUUUUCAUAUAAGACUACAUCAUAAACCUUGUAAUCAAAAAUAUUUUGUAAAUAAUAAUCGAAUUAAUGAAUUCACAUAUGAUAAAAGAAAUUAUACAUAUCAUAAUAUAAAUGGAGAAAUUACAUUAACUAUCUCUUUUAAGAAUUUUUCUUAUAAUAUCUACUAUGAUUAUAAAUUAUAUAUAUGUGCAUGUUUUAAAUAUUAUUAUACAAAUGAUUUAAUCAUAUGUUCUACAGAUAAUUACAAUGUAAAUAUAGGUUCAUUUAUUAUAACAAAGGCAUAUACUGAUAAAGACACCAAUGUAUUAUAUUUAAAUAGACAAAAUAAUCUUUCUUUUAAUAUAAAUUAUGAAAUAAUAAAAAAUGAAAUAUAUAUUAUUAAAGGGGAUUAUUCUUAUGAAUGUAAUUAUUUAAAAAUAUUGGGAAAUGAUAAUAUUCAUAUGAUUGAUAAUAUGAAUAUAUUAUUUAAUUAUUAUGCAAAUCAAAAUUUUCAAAAAAUACAUCCACCUCUAGAACCUAAUAAAAAGUAUUCCUAUAUAUAUGCUUAUUUCGAUCCUAUUCUAGAUCUAUCAUCUAUUUUAAAGAAAAAUGAACUUUUUAUUAAUCCUCAAUCUAGUAACACUAUCAAAGGAAAUCAAAAUAUGGACAGUCUAAAUAAGGAUGAAAAGAAAAAUCCAAAUAAUAUGUUAGCAAAAAAUAAGAUUAUAUUACAAAAUACAUCUUCUCCCAAUAAUAAUAAUAAUAAUAAUAAUAAUUUUAUUCAUAGUCCUAAUACAACUUUUCAAAAACUUAACAAUUUAAAAAAUGGAUCCAAUUUAAUAUGCAUUAAAGACCAAAUCAACCAAAUUACAUACUAUUAUUAUUCAGGUAAAAUAAUAUAUGAUAAUAAAAAUUUUGAGCAUACUAAGUAUAUAUUAAAAAAAGGAAAUAAGAAGACACAUGAGAAUUUAUUGUAUAUUCAAGAUAUUUCAAAUUAUCAGAAUACACUUUUUUUUUCCUUUACACCAACUAAUUGUGAAUAUAUAGAUACGUUGAACACAAAAGAAAAAAAUGUCGAUGUUUUUAUACAAAAAUAUACUAGUCGUCUAAAAGGGCAUUCAUUCAUAUUUCCAUAUGAUACUUAUAUAAAGAGAAAUAGCAGAAGUGUUAUUAAAACAAAUACAAUAAUAAUAAAAAAUAAUGUAAUUACGAAUACUGAUAUGAAGAAUAAUAAUAAUGAUAACAUUUCAUCUAACAUAAAUAAUAAUAAUAAUGAUAAUAUUUCAUAUAACAUAAAAAAUAAUAAUCUUAAUAAUAUUUCAUAUAACAUAAAAAAUAAUAAUCUUAAUAAUAUUUCAUCUAACAUAAAAAAUAAUAAUAAUGAAAAUAUUUCAUCUAACAUGAACGAAAUAUAUUAUUUUUUCUUAAAAUCCAUGUCCUUUAAAACAGAUAAUAAAAUUACAUAUUUAUGUAGUAGAAUAAAUAAUAGCACUAAUAGAAUAUCAUUAUCAUUUGUUCAUUUUUCAGAUUUAUUGUUUGUAAGAUAUGAUGAAUUUGCUCAUUUUUUUGAAAUAUAUAGCGAGCCAACCAAUAUAUAUAAUCAUUAUUUAGAUAAUGAUUCUUAUAAUGAAUUUAUAAAUAAAUAUUGUCAUACAGAAGAAUUUUCAGAUAAUAAAAAUAAGAAAAAAAUAAUAUCUGUUUGGUCUCAUGAAAAUGAUAAUUAUAUAUCAUUUUGGUUAAUUUCAUCUAAUGCAUUAACUCCUUUUUUUUUAAGAAAAUUUCAUAUAAAUUCUCCUAGAUUUACCUUUCUACAUUUUAUUAAAUCAGAACAAAAUAAUAAUUGUCAUAUGUUACUAAAAUUAUAUAUUUUUAAUAUAAUAUAUGGAUAUGUAAGAAUGUAUAUAACCAAUAAUUUCAUAAAUAUAAUUUUAGUAAAAACUAUAUCUUUAUAUAAACAUGAUAAAGUUGUUUUUGUUGAAAAUUUUUAUUUUAAAAAGGAACCAUAUUUUUUAUUAUUAUAUAAAAAUAAUACAAUAGCUAUAUUAAAUAAUAAUUUAAAUGAAAUUGAAUUAAAAAAUAAGGAUUUCAAUAUUUACAUUAUGUCUAUACCUCUUAAGGUUAAGUGUUUAACUGAUAAAAAUAUAACUUGUUUUAUUUUAUAUCAAUAUCAGAAAAUAUUAUGGUUCCAGAUUUUAUUUAAUGUGAAUGAAGAAUUAAAUGUUGUGCCUAAAAUAGAUUUGUUAACAAAGGAUAAACAAGAUCACCAUGAAAAGGAAAUACACGCCAAUAAUAAUAAUAAUAAUAAUAAUAAUAAUUACAAUAAUUACAAUAAUUACAAUAAUUACAAUAAUUACAAUAAUAAUCAUAAUAAUAAUUAUAAUAUUGAUAAUAAAAAAGAAAACAACCUGUUUCUACCUAAUGAUAUAUCAAUAAAUAUAAAAUAUAUUAAUACCUAUAUUGAAAAGGAUGAUGAGAUGAAUUUAGAAAAUUCAACAAAUAUUACAGUUAUAAAUAAAUUAGAUGAAUAUAUUAUUUAUGUAUCAUUUAAAUCAUCCAAUAAAAUACAUAUAUAUUCAACAGACAGUUCUAAUAAUACAAUUAAAUAUUAUAAAUAUAUAAAGAAUCAAAAUAUAUCAAAUUAUAAAAUUAAUUCUAUUUUUACAUAUUCAUUUUCUCAUAAAAAUUUUAUUAAUUUAAUUAUUAUUAAAGAAGGAGAAUUUCCAUCUUUAUGUGUAUUUAUUCAUGAAUAUUCAAGUAAAACCUCCAUAUCCUAUAAAUAUAAAGAUAUAUAUAUAUAUAAUAAAAAAGUUGUAUUAAACCCAGUUAUUGAAGGUGAUAAACAUCAAAUAAAAUAUUUCACUUUAGAAUAUGAUAAAGAAUUAAAUGAUCAACUUAUUCUUAUAGAUAAAACGAGUGGAGUUUUAUCAUUUAAAUUUAAUACUAUAAAAAAAUUAAAUGUAGAAUUAGUAAUUGUUAUGUACGGAUUAUUUCAUAUAUACAAUUAUAAAAUCAAUUUUAAGAUUGUAUGUGAUAAUGGUUAUUAUUAUAAUUUUAACGAUUGUUUUCCUUGUCCACAUGGUUAUUAUAAUAAUGUUAAAGUUAUUAAAACUGAUAUGGCUUAUAUCAAUAAAUGUAUGAAAUGUGAUAAAAAUAAAACAACAUUAAUAGAAAAAGCUACUAAUAAAACAGACUGUUUAUGUAACUUAGGAUAUGAAUAUAUAAAAAACCCAUCAAAUCCACAAGAAUUUAUUUGUUCUCCAUGUAUUAAAGGAAUGUAUAAAAACACUAUAUCUAAUAAAUUAUGUGAUGGUAAUACUUGUACAGGUAAUUUUACUACUUCUGUUAUAGCUGCAAAUAAUAUUACAGAAAGCGCUUGUUUCUGUAAACCUGGUUUUUAUGUAACUUAUGAUUAUACAGGUUUAGAAUUUUGUAAAGAAUGUCUAGUAAAUUUUUAUUGCCCUGGAAAUAUAAAUGGUAUACAAAAAUGUCCUAUACAUAAUGAAACACUUGAAACAGAAAAAAGAAUCAAUUUUGAUUCUUUAAAUGGUUGCUUAUGUAAAAAAGGAUAUGAACCUAUAAAUAUAUUAAACAUUAAUAAAACCGGAUCAAGAGAUGAACAUUAUUAUAAACUUUUCCAUAAUACUUAUGCUGAUAAAUAUAAAAAUAUGGAUCCAAAACAUAUAUGUAUGGAAUGUGAUAUAGGUUAUUAUAAAGAUACGAUAUCUUUUCAACCUUGUAUUAAAUGCCCAAAUGAAUCAACAAAUAAAAAAUAUGGCUCCACCUCCUUAAAUGAUUGUAAUACAUGUCAUAAAGGAUAUUAUAAAAAUAUAAAUAAAACAUGUUCUAUUUGCUUACCAAAUCAUUUCUGUGUAGGAGAUUUAUUACAAAAGGAUUUAGAUAAAUAUUCAGGAGAUGCAGUUAUCUGUCCAAACUAUUCUGUUACGAAAAAACCAUAUACAGAAAAUGUUACUUUUAAAGAUUGUUUAUGUAUAGAAGGAUAUAUAAAAAAUUAUCAAGAAUCAUAUAAUAUAAAUGAUCAUUGUAAAUUAGUUCCAUUGAACUUUUAUAAAGAUUCUAUUUCUAAUGAUUUAGGUACUCCAUGUCCCAUAGAUAGUAUUACCUUAAAUGUUGGGGCAAAAAGUAUAAAUGAAUGUUUAUGUAAUAAAGGAUAUUUCUAUAAUAUCAAGAAACAACAAUGUAAAGAAUGUCCCAUCGGUUUUUAUUGUCCAAACAUUAGCUCAAAAAAUAAUAUCAAAAAACCUAUCAAAUGUCCUAAAAAUUCAUCCAGUAUAAAAAAAGGUAUAUAUAUAUCAAGCAACUGUCAAUGUAAUUUUGGAUAUACCAAUUAUAUACAUAUAAAUAAUAAUCAAUCCUUAUUAAAUUAUAAUAUUAUUAAACAUGAUAACAAGAAAAGGAACAUAAUGUUUUAUUCAUUUUUAUCAAAUAAUAAUUAUAUCUAUAAAAAUAAAGCUAGAUAUAUAAAUAAAUAUUAUAAUAAUAUAAAUUUGGUUCAAUUACCUAAUAUACAAAAGAAAAAUGAUAUUUAUAAAACCAAAACAUAUAAAAAUGUAUUAUGUAUUAAAUGCCCACCUAUGACAUAUAAAGGAACUAUAUCUAAUGAACCUUGUGAAGCAUGUCCUUUAAAUUCUAGAACUAUUGAGACUGCAAACAAUUCAAACAUCUUUUUCUGUUUAUGUAAACCUGGUUAUUAUAUGCAUGAACAAAUGUGUAAGCCUUGUUCUUUUAGUAAUUUAUAUUGUACAGGAGAGAACAUUUAUAUAAUAAGCGAAUCAUUAUAUGAAAAGGCACUCCAAGAAGUAAAAAAUAUUUAUAGAUCUGAGAAAAAUGAUAUGUAUAAAAUGAUAUUAAUAAAUAUAACAUUGUAUAAUUAUAACCAAAAUGUUCAAAAUAAUAAUAAUAACAAUAUUGUUGUUAAUCCAUUUGUUAAUAAAAAAAUUAAACAUCAUAAUAAUAUUAUUAAUCCCACAUACAACUUUUUGAAUACCAAUGUUGGUACAGUUUCAUUCAUAAAAAAAAAAUAUGCAAAUAAUAGAAAUAUCUCAAAUAUAUCUGAUCUAGACUUUUUAUAUAAAGAAUCAGCACAAAAGUUCAACAAGUUAAAUACCAUUUUUAAAAAUUUUUUUCAUAAGGAUAAUGAAAAUUUGAUUUAUGUAAAAUAUCAAAAUUUUGUUAAAUGUGGAGAACAUACAGUAAUACCUUUAGGUGUUGAUUCUUCAUAUAAAUUUGAUGAUUGUAAAUGUAAGAAAGGUUAUUAUUUAAAAUCAAAAGAUAUAAAUAAAUCUAUAAAAAUAUGUGAACCUUGUACAAGAGGAACAUUUAAAAAUUAUGUUGGAGAUGAUACAUUUUGCUUACCUUGUCCACCGAAAUCUACUAGUUUAGAAGGGUCUAUUUAUCCUACCCAUUGUUUUUGUAAAAAAGGUUUUUUUUAUAGUAAAGAAUAUUGUUUAGAAUGUUUAGAAGGGGCUUUAUGUAAAGGAGGAUUAAAUAAAAAUGUAAUGAAAUUUAUGAAAUUUAAUAUGGAAAAUAUACUUAUCACUGAAAAAAAUCAUAUAAAACCACACUCCAAAAAAGAUUAUUAUUUAGAUAAAAGUGUUAUAGAUGUAGUAGAUGUUAGUGAAUGGAAAUUUAUUAAAUGUCCUAUUAAAGGAGCAUGCUUAGAAAAAAAUAAAUGUCAUAAGUCUAUGAAUAAUUAUUUAUGUAUUGAAUGUGCAAAGGGAUAUACUAAUAGUUUUAUGACAUCAUUAUGUGUAAAAUGUCCACAUAAUAUUACUAAUAUCAUACUAUUAUUUCUCAUUUAUAUUAUAUUUUGUUUUAUUAUAAUUAUCAUUUCAUAUUUAAAUAUCACAUCAGGAUUUUAUAGACGAUCUAUACAUUCCAUUGUAAUAAAAAUUGGAGUUAAUUAUAUAUCUAGUAUGCUAUUUAUUAAAGUUUUAGAAGAUAGUAAUGUAUCAGUUCCUACAUCAUUUAUUCAUUUUUAUAACAAAAUUGUAAAAUUCUUACAUAUAGGAGAAAAUAAAAAAAUUGUAAGUGUAGACUGCUUGUUAAGAUAUUAUUUUAAUUUGAAUUAUUCUAAUUCUUUUUUCUAUUCAAGUGUACUCUUUUUCUUGAUUCCUAUAUUUUUAAUAAUAACAUUAACUAUUAUUUUAUUUAUUAUAUUGAAAAUGUAUCAGUUCAUCAAAAAAAAACAAAUUGCAAAUAAAUUAGAUUUAUUAAGGAUAGCUGAAAGGGAGAAAAUACAUUUUUUAGCUAGUUCAUUGAAAAAGUCUUAUUCAAGACAAAGGAUUAUAAUGAUAUUAAGAUAUAUUAAUUUGGAUAAUUAUAAAACAUUAGACAAAAUAUGGAUAUUUUUUGAAGACAUGAUACCAGUAUAUGUGACAUUCUUAUUUAUUAUACAUGCAAAAACAUCUUUACGAAUGUUUCAAUUAUUUGAUUGUUCAUAUAUCAAAUAUACAAAAUAUUUGGGCAAAUAUAUAUUAAGAAGAGCAAGUAGUGUUCAAUGUAGUUUUAAAGAAGAUUAUUCAAAAUAUUUCUUUCUAGGAUUAACAGGAACAAUCAUAUGGUCUUUAGGAAUACCACUUUUUUCAUUUUAUGUAUUAUAUAUAAAUAGACAUAAUUUAUUUAAUGAAAAUGUAAGAAUAAAAUAUGGAUUUUUACAUAAUGGAUAUUUACCAAAUAAAUGGUAUUGGGAAAUAAUUGUUUUUUCAAGAAAAAUAAGUGUUCUUUUUAUUAUGACAGUUAUUAUAUUUCCAUCAGAUGAAAGUAAUGCUUCUCAAUUGUUACUAAUAACAUUUGUUGCAAUAUUUUCCUUAUGUCUUCAUUUUAUAUUUCAACCAUUUGAUAAAAGAAAUUAUUUUACUUUAAAUAAAUUAGAAAAUCUUAGUUUAUAUAUUUGGGUUUCAACUAUUAUUUGCACAUCCAUCUUGUUAUCUAUGAAUUUAAAUGCAUUAAUUAAUUUCAUAAUUUUAUCCUCUUUGUUUAUUCUUAAUCUUUUAUUUUUUAUCAAAUUAUUAUUCUGUUUAUUUUUUGAAUGUAUCGAUAAUAUAAGAAGAUCGAAAGCAUGUUAUCAUCUACCCCUACUAGGAACGUAUGCAAAGCUUUUAGGAGAUAUAAUGGAAAAAAAAAGAAAACAAGAGCCUAUCAUUUUUUAUGAUAAAUUGUCUAAACAAAUAUGCAUCAUGCUUCCAGUUCAAUCUGGAAAAGUAACAAAAAAUAAAAAAUAUAAAAAUAAUAAUAAUAAAAUAAAUUUUAAUAAAUAUAUAAAAAAUAUUACAUCCCCUUUCACAACACUUUUUAAAAAUUUAUCAAACAGUUAUAAGUAUAAUAAUAUAAAAAAGAAUAGGCAUAUGCCACUACAAAAUAAUAUGAAUGAAAAUAAAAAUGAUAUUAAUAAUAUGUGUCAAAAUGAAAAUACUCAAUCAUAUGUAACAUGUUCUUCUGACUUACAUAAACAUAAUAUUAUUCAACAAAAAAAAUCACACAAAGAAAAGAACAUAUAUCUAUUAACUGAAAAUAUAACAAAUGAAACCAAAAAUAAUGUUUGUUUUUAUUUAAAUAAUUCUCAUAACAUCCCUUUAUAUGGAGGUAUAAAGAAAGAAUAUCGAAUGUUUGCAACAGAAAUUUAUAAAGAACUAUUCGAUAUUUUUUUAAAAAAUAUUACUCUUACAUGUGUUUCAGAUACCUUUUUUGAGUUUUUAUUUAAAAUUACGAUAAAUAUAAGUAAUUUAAUACAUAUUAUUGAUGAGAAACAAAAAAUAUUUGAAUCCUUUGAUCAACAACACAAUUUUAAUAAUAUAAUUCAGUGGUCUCUUGAGAGGAAGGAAAAAUUUAACGAAAAUAAAAAAUACAAACAAAACGAUUUCAUUUCUUCUAAAAAUUAUACAUCAGAGAAUGAUAACAAUAUAUAUCCUAAUAAUGACAUAAAUGAAUAUUCAUCAUAUAAUUAUGAACGAAUGAAAAAUAAUGAAAUGAAUCAUAAUAAUUAUAUUAAUGAGUUUUUCAUAGGAAACGAAAAGAAAAAAAAAAGGAAUAACCAAACAAAUUACAUUUCAAAAGAAGGAAAGGAAAAACUACUCUCUUUUUUUAGUGAUGACCUAUUAAAUCGAAAGGUUGCACUCUCCGAAUUUUACUUCUUGCUUAUUGAAUUGAAACUCAAGUACUUCCGAAAUUUGCCUUCUUAUUUCUACAUGUUCAAAGUAUAUAAAAAGUUAGAGAAAAAUAACCGAUUAAAACAGCUAAAAAAAUUAAAUAAUAAAUUGAAUAUAUGCCAAACAAUAAAUGAUGACAAAAGGAUUUUGUCUACUCAUGAUAAUUUGAAGUUAAAUGAAAUAAAGAAAAGUAUUCCACUGUUAUAUAAGGAAUUUAAAAUUUUAUCAAAAAGCAUUGAGAAAUUAAAAUAUGAAUAUUUGAAUUUGGAUAUAAAUUAUUCACGAACGUAUUCAUCGGAUGACAAAAAAAUAACCGAUAUGAAUAAUGUUACUUUGUUAUCAGAUGACAAUGCAAUUCACAAUUUUGAUAUACUUAAUAAUGAAUGA